AUGGCAGAGAAGAAACAGAACCAAUACCAACCACCCGAAUCGAACGGCUAUCACUGGAACGAUCAAGAAUCGCUUCAUACCAUGGAGGAUGAGGAGGCCAAGCGCAAGAAGAAGAUGAAAUGGACGAUCGGCAUCAUUGCCUUCGUCAUUUUUCAGGUAGUCCAAGCUCUAUUCUUCGUCCUGGUCAUCAUGAAGUUCAAGUCCCCCAAGUUCAGGGUCGGCGACUUUGCUGUCCAGACUCUGACCGUAGGGACUCAGGCCUCCCCUUCGUUUGACAUGAGCUUCAUUGCCCCGAUCCGAGUCAAGAACACCAACUGGGGUCCCUUCAAGUACGACGCCUCCACUGUUGACUUCACCUAUGGGGGUGUCCUGGUGGGGCAAGUGAUCAUUCCAAAAAGCAAGGCCAACUUCAAGUCCACCAAGAAGAUCAAUGCGAACGUGACUCUGAGUUCUGCCACCCUGCCUAGUGAUAUCAAUUCGAAUCUCGGGAACGAUUUGAGCUCUGGGGUCAUAAACUUGAGUAUCCAGGGAGAGCUUAAAGGAAAGAUCACGGUCAUGUUCAUGUUCAAGAAGAAGAAGACGUCCCUGAUGAACUGCACAAUGGUAAUCAAUACAUCGACAAAGGCGGUCCAAUCCAUGUUGUGUAAAUGA